AUGAACCAACCCUGCACUUGCUCCUUUUCUGCUUUUGAAGCAGUCCCUGAGUUGCAAAAACAAACGCAAAUCGACUUCGAAAGCAUAUUGCGUGUUAGCGCACGUGUCUUUGACCAGUGGGCUGAAAUUAUCGGCUGUGAACGCUGUCGCACCGAUUUUACCACCCUGAUAAUAAUAACAACAGCUGCGGAGCGACUGCUUACCUUGUAUACAGCCAUAUGCAAGGCUUACGGGCUUUCAGAAAAGCAGCUCGAUCCUACCGACAAAGGACUUGAUACACACCCUCAUGAAAGCACUUCGUCAGCAAAAGGUUCCACGGCCACGACACAGACGGAUACAGCGUCCCCUGUGUGUGCGCAUAGUAUGAUGAAGUUUGGGAAACUUUCUUUAGAAGGGGAUGAUGCAAGUUUAUUAGCGCAUGUUCUUUUGAGCCGCAGCUUGGUCAGACUUGGAGAACUACUGGAGAACUAUACUUGUUUGGCAUUUGGUGACAACAACACAAAUAAUAAGGAUAAUACUCUAGUUGCAUGCGAAUCAUCGCUGGUAGAGACGAUGGAAAGGUUAAUUCUGCUAGUGGCGCAGGUAAAAAUUUAG